UUUAAAUUCAUUUGACAUAACAAUCAGAGUUUAAACCCCGACCGGUGACUCAUAGGGUGACUAAACACGGGGUGCGUCAAGUAAUUUGAACCAAGAUCACCAGAAAAAAAUAGCGUUACCAACAUGCUCGAGGAAAGUACCGGAAAUUUUAGCGCUACCCGUAAUGUGUACGACUGGUACCAGACGGCGACUCACGUGAUACUCAACAUAAUGAUCAAGAAUCUGAAGGAGUCGGACGUGAAGGUGAAACUGAUCGACGAGACACUAGACGUGUCCUGUAGUCUCGCCGACGGCAAUGAAUUCAAACUACACUUCAAUCUCUUUAAAUCGAUUUAUGUGUCGGAAAGCAAUUGGACGGUCAGUCCGUCCAAACUGGAGGUG